AUGUCUCAUCUUAGAACUGUUCUACGACACGUCACUGCGUCUUGCUGUCCUGGAUCUUAUUGGCGGACAACGUUGCGGCUAGGUUGGCGGGGUCUGCAUAGUGGCGACCGCCAGGUGAAAUAUGCUGAAAAGUUACGCCUUCGGGCUGAGCAGACUGGACUGAGCGUAGAGGAGCUCAAAGCGAAAGCAAAGAAAAGUUUGGAGGAGCAAAGGCAGCGUGAACGUCAAGAAUUACUGGCAUCCCUGCCCCAGCCGAAAUUAUCGUCCGACGAGCAGACAUCGGGAGCAUCAGUCGAACUAAAGCCCGAGACCCGUAAAGAUAGUGCUCCAGUCAAACCGCUGUCGGAUAUUUUGAAUCUGCCUCGCAUCCUGAAGACCACACCUGAGCAACUUUCUGCAUUGUGGACAGCUUACCAUGCUUCACGAUCAGACGGUACUGGUCGCGGGUUUCUUUGUGCAGCCAUUCCUUUCUCUCUCUACAAGAAAAUGACAACCGUGGCCAUGAAGUACCCCUCGUUUAUCAUUCCUUUACCUCGACCAGACACUGAAAAUCCCGCGAACGAGAGCAAAGCGAACUAUGAAUUCUUCUUCAUGCAAUGGGACUUCCAUCACUCUCCUUCAAGUCCCACUCGUACCGAAGAUCCUUUUCAAAUAACUUCACCGGAUGCAUCCUCGAUCCCGCCCAUCUCGACUGUUCUGUUCACGCCUCUUCAGGAAUACAAACAUCGUAAAUCUUUUGCCACCCCAUAUCUUGUUUUGACGCACUACACCGAUCUCGUGAACACCCACGGCAUCGUUCUUCUGAGGGGGGAAAUCACGCCUUCGACAGCGAGUGGAGAGGCGAGAUAUAUGUUGGGUCAAGAGGACGCUCAAUUACUGGCGGUGGGUAUCCAAAAAUUCUAUCUUUGGGGUGAGAAGGAUGCAGGGCCAGCCGGCGAAAGGUUGCUCACGUCCUUCCAUGACAAUCCUGAGCAGUUCAAAUGGGAAGAGCUUCUGAAGCUGUAUAGCAAGACCCCUUGAUCUGGCAAUCGCUCAUUAUAAUUGAAAAUAGCAUUAGAUCUAUACGAGAGAUAUGAGGCCAUCUACCGCCCGGCGAACCGAUGAGGUUGCCCGUAUUCCCCGCUCGCAAUCCGUCUUUCUGUUGCUGCUGUGACCAUAUCUAUUUGUUCUUCAGUUACAACUGGAUUUUUACC